CAGCAGAUGCGACUGGCGAUGCAGGCGGCCGCCAAGCGCGGCCAGCUCUGGAUGGUGCAGCAGCUGUACCAGCGGCACCCGGCGGCGCUGACCGGCCCAACGGCUCAGGCUGCGGGCGCCAGCGGCCACCUGCCCUUGAUCCAGUGGGUGCACGAGACUAAGCGGUGCCUCAUGAACGUGGACUACUACGCUGCAGUGUACAAGGCCUUUGAGGCGUCAGCUUCACGUGGCGACCUGCAGACGGUGCAGUGGCUGGUGAGGACGUACGAGAGAGUUGUGUUCGACCUCAGCAUUCCAGCUAAGGCAGGGCACUUGGAAGUGACCAAGUGGGUCUGGGAGCAGGGCAGAUACCGUUGUCAGAGCGGCGUUGCGGAUGAAGUUGCCAAGAGGGGGGACUUGGAGAUGAUGAAGUUCUUGGUGGAGCACUCUAUCGUGAACGAAUACAGCUCCGCGCCCGAUCUGGCUGCUGGGUUUGGGCACCUUGAUCUGGUGAAAUGGCUCGCUGAGAACGAGAAGCAUCGUUGGAAGUUUACUUGGAAUGCGAUAAGUUGGGCCGCGGCGAAUGGGUUUAUUGAGGUGGUGGUUUGGCUGCAUAAGAACGGAUGGGCGGACAAUGCUAUCGAUGUGGACAGUGUAGCGGAAAAUGGACACCUUGAUGUGCUCGAGUGGCUGUAUGAGCACCAAUGCUGGACAUACGCUGUGCAUGCGAUGGAUUUCGCUGCGAUGAACGGGCAUAUGGAAGUCGUGCAGUGGCUGCACGAAAACGCCGUUAGUACGCCCACGCCGCUGGGGUUUGACUUGGCAGCAGAAGGAAACCACUUGGAUGUGGUACAAUGGCUGCACGAAAACCGGUAUGGCGGGACGACGCAGGCAAUGGACCUGGCCGCUAAAAGAGGUCACCUUGAGAUGGUAAAGUGGCUUCAUUCCAACCGCGAUGAAGGGUGCACGGAUCUGGCGAUGGAUCAAGCGGCAGCAAAUGGACAUCUGGAUGUAGUUGCCUUUUUGCACAAGAACCGUACUGAAAGCUGCACCAAAUUCGCCUUGAGUACUGCUGCCGGCAACGAAGACCUGAAGAUG